UGCUGUCUCUGUCUCUCUCUAGGUGGGAAUGCCAGCAUCCCAUAAUGCCUUUCUCUGCAGUUUGGCUGCUCCGCCGCUCCACCGCGGCUCAAGUGCUCCUCAGUGCCCUGGUGCUCUCCUCGGCGGCCACAGCUCUCCAGGAGCUGAAGGCCACCGGCUGCCCUGAGAGCUGCUAUUGCUCCCUGAGCGAUGACGCCGGUGGCGAUGGCGGGGAGCUGGUGGUGCGCUGCAGCGGCAUGCUCCUCACCGAGGUGCCGAGGAACAUCCCCAACGCCACCCGCCGCCUCUACCUGGACUACAACCAGCUGGCCAGCAUCCCGGCCGACGCCUUCCUGGGACUCCCCCUACUGGCGGAGCUGGACCUCUCCCACAACAAUCUGGCCCGCCUGGAGCCCGGCUCCCUCGCGGCGCUCGGCCCGUCGCUGCAGAGCUUAGACCUGUCCUCGAAUCAGCUGCAGGAGCUGGACCCCGAGGCGCUGGGCGGUCUGCAGUCCAAGACCAACUUGACCGACAACCCCUGGCGCUGCGACUGCGCUCUGCAGGAAGCCAUGCCAAAGCUGGAGCUGGAGCCGGCCUCGCUGGCCAGCGUGGUGUGCCACUCCACCGUGCCGGAGGACGCUGGCGCCACGGGAAAGUCCUUCGUCAUGGUGGCCCAGGAGCUCGACCUGUGCGCCGGACUCAAACGGACCACCGACGUGGCCAUGCUGGUGACCAUGUUUGGCUGGUUCGCCAUGGUCAUCUCCUACCUGGUCUACUACGUGCGCGCCAACCAGGAGGACGCGCGCCGGCACCUGGAGUACCUCAAGUCGUUGCCCAACAAGCAGACCACUCCUGAGGAAACCUCCAUCACCACUAGUACCAUGGUCUAGCAACGCCAUAAUGGCACCUUAACUCCCAGUGAAAACCUUAACUUCCAGUGGCUCGUGCAAGAACCGUUUGCCGCAGUGUCGACCAAGGCACAGCGCAGUAAACUUAGGCAGCGGUGCGAAGUGGCGACUGCUCUUUUGCACUGAACCCAGUUGCCAAUGCUGCACAAACCACUUUGUAUCCAGAACGGCCUUAAGGAAAGCAGACAAGGCCGCUAAGGGAUGUAGGAGAAAGGGGCAAUGGAAAAAAGACUGGAAACCUGAGGUGCAUUGAAAUUCUUUGAAACAUUUGAGAUGAACAUGUUUUCUUUUGAUCUGUUGCAUUUGAAAAUUUUUGCAUAAACAUUCUUAAAUUCUUCAAUUGCAACAAAAACAACAAAAGCCCUUCAUCCAGCGCCCAUGUAUGUUUGCAGAGAACUACCUCCUCAGAACAAUUGAGAGCAUUGAACGUUGAAAUGUAAGCAGGAAACUCGAAGCAAACAAACGGGGGAAAAAACUGUCAAAUGUUUUAAAACGUUUGCCUUUGUUUACAAAUUUGAGCUUCAUUUGUGCAUCAAAAACCUGCCGUAAGACACUU